AUGAAACUGAAUUCAACGUCCAGUACGAGCAUUUUACACAAUCACGUGGCUACUUCCUUUCCUUUGUACUUAAAUGGAGGGGAAGAAACCAUUGUACUUAAACCAGUAGACUCAAAUCAAAGCCGAAAUUCCUCCUCCUCCACCCCACAUGAACCCUUUCACCUUGCAAGAAAGAAAGCAGAAGACAGAGAAAUUGACAUUUUCACUGCUGAUAAAUAUUUCAAUGAGAAGCAAAAUGACAACCCAAAAACCAAGGAAUUACCAAAUCAGCCGAACAAGAAAAAAGACCCCAUUCAACUAUUUGAUAUAAAAGAAAAAACUACGAUACCAACUCAAAGUAUUCAUUCUGAAUCAAGUUGGAAUAGUCGAAGCGUGUUAUUGCAAAAUAUUCCAAGAAAUCAGCAACCCUGCAGAAAGAGUAACAUGAAGAGCUUCCUUGCCAGCAUUGGUUGCAAUUGCUCGUGCAACGACAAGAAUUCAGUAGAAAUUGAUGAUUGUACGGGCGAUAACUAUCUUAACAAGAGCUUUAGCAGCAGGGUGGACAAUGGCAAAGCAAUACAAGAGCUUGAAAAUGGUGAUAUGGUUACUAGUAAGGAGGAUUGGCAGUGCAAAAAACUCGAUGAAAUACGAGUUAAGUUGAAGAUAGAUGAUCAUUUCAGCUUCCCAGUUUUUAAUCCCAAGACAGAGAAUCCAGCAGUUAAAAUUGAAUUACAAGCACAGGAUAAUUCGACCAGAAAAUCUCUUGAUGUUUUUGGCUCCCCAAUACUAGAGAAUGGGAAGAAUUCAUCCACACUCGAGAAAAAGUUAACAAUGUUGAAUUGGGAUAAAAUUUCUCCAAGAGUGGAAGAAACUGAAAUCCCAGCGAGUUUCACUGGAAUGUACAACGACAGCGAUAGCGACACAAGUUCAGACUUAUUCGAGAUUGAAAGUUUGUCGAAAAAUGCCAAUCCCUUUCUUACAAGGCAAGAAUCAGAUGGCAAUAGCAUGUCCAGCUGCAUUACCCCCACAACUUGUUACGCACCUAGUGAAGCCAGCAUAGAGUGGAGUGUCAUGACCGCUAGCGCUGCUGGUUUCUCCACCAUGUCGGACACUGAAGAGCCAAGAUCAACCACAACCGGUGCUUCAGCCGCCACCACCAUAGCAUAUCCCCAGAAGACGGUACAAAAUCCGCCAAAAUGGCGCCGUCCAAGCAUUCUUUCGGGUUGUAAAAGUCAAACAGCUGUUAGAGUUGCAGGGGAUGCAUUUCCUAGUGCAAGAAGUCAUCGAUUGGAGUCAUUCACACCGUUGACGAGAUUUAAUUCCGAGAGUAAGCUGAAGGGGUUCGAUAAACGAAACAGACAACACUCUUUUGAUGCAGGCGCUCUCUCUAGAUAG